AUGAAUAUAUCAUCAAAUGCUGGACGUGUAACAAAUAUCGAAUGUAUAUUUUAUCGUGGCAUUGGUUUUGCUUUACUUAUUGCUUCAUUAAUUAAUUUAUAUGUUACUUUUCGUUAUUUUAUAAAACGAUAUUAUCAUCGAGAACAUCAUGUUGUUUCAAAUCGAUUAUCACCGAUUAUGAUUGGCAUGUUAAUUAGUUCUGUAGUAAUCAUUUUUUUUGCAAUACCGGUAGCUAUUAUUCAAUGUUUUACUUGCCGAGAUUAUUCAUCGCAUCAAAUUCUUUGUAAACUACAUGGUUUUAUAUGUUUUACUACGGGACUUUUUAAUAUGUAUAUGAUAGCACUUCUAUCAUUUCUUCGAUAUUUUAGUAUUUUACAUAAAUCAAAUUGGUUUAAUAGAUUCUUAGAAAAUCAUCGUAAUUUAAAUACAUUAUUAUGUGCAUUAUUAUCUAUUUGUUGGUCAUUACCACCUUUAUUAGAUAUUGGAAGUAGAUAUGUGCCGGAAGGUACUGGUUUUUAUUGUAGUUUAGAAUGGAAUGAUCCAUCAAUUCAAUCACGUAUUUAUGUCCUAUCUGUUAUUUUUUUCAAUUAUAUCAUACCAUUUUUUCUUAUUAUCUUUACAAAUCUUCGUGUUUGGUAUACACUUCGAUGUUUAUUAAAAUCAUGUUAUAAUAGUUAUAAUUAUAGAUCAUUACCAGUAAAUUCUUGUAUUAUAAAAGCUAAUAUUAUUUCAUCAUCGUAUAUAAUCGAUAAUAAAAUAUUAAAUAUUGAAUUGGGAAAAGCUUUAAUUGAUGCUCAAUUAAAAGAAACAACAAAUCGGUUACAACGAUUACAAAUUGAUCGACGUUAUGCUUAUAUGACAGUUAUGAUGGCAGCUCAAUAUUUUCUUGUAUGGACCCCAUAUGCAUGUGUCUCAGCAUUAGAACUUAUUGGUCAAACAACAUUUAUUCGACAAUAUCCGUUUUUGCCAACUUUUUUUGCAUUAUUUGCUAAGUUAUCGAUUAUUUUGAAUCCAAUAAUUUUAAUUUAUACAAGUAAAAUGGUACAUUCAUAA